AUGUCUAAGAAAGUUCAAAAAGAAUUAUUCGAAACUAUCUCAAGUAAAAUCUUCAAAGAAUGCUUAAUUUAAAGGCCAUCAAUUAAGGAAUUGGUCAAGUUGAUCUUCAGCUAGAAAAAAUACUUCUAAAAUUUCGAGUAUUUAAGCAGUGGCGCUUAUUCUCUUGUAUUAAAGGCUUACAAUUCUAAGCAAAAUCGCCAAGUUGCUCUCAAAUUUUUAGGGAGCUCAAACCAAGAGGAUAAUAAUGGCAUCGAAUCAUUGAAAAAAGAGUAUGAAAUGCUUCAAAAGUUUAGCCAAUCAUAAUUUUUAGUAAAUGUCUAUGAUUGCUUUUAUUUAAUGGAAGAACAAGAAGAUGAAGAUGAAGAUGGAAACAAUAUAAUUGUUUAAACUGGAGUCAAAUCCUUCUUUGUCAUGGAAAUGGAGCUUUGUGAGAAAAAUCUCAAAUAGCUUUUUGAUUUCCUCAGAAAAUAGUAAGUUCCACCUCCUAAAGAGAUCAAGGAAAUAAUAGCUAUUCAAAUGAUAGAAGGGCUGAAUAACCUUCAUGUCAAAAAUAUUAUGCACAGGGAUAUCAAACCUUAAAAUUACCUUGUUUGUCCUUCUGAAGAGUAUGGUUUCUCAAUCAAACUUUGUGAUCUAGGCUUUGCAUCAGCUGUGUCUAAAUCAAAAAGCUUCAUGUCUAAGAAAGGAACUGAUUUAUAUUUUGCUCCAGAAGUGGAAGAAGGAAAAUCUAGAAUUCAGUCAGAUCUCUUUUCACUAGGUCUCGUUUUAUUAGAACUAGACAAUCUCAAGACUCUAAAUGAAAAUUGGAUAGAUACCAAAAUAAAGUAUUAGCUAUUCAAUGGAGAAAAUAUACCUAAAGAAAAAUAUUAGAUAGAUACAAAUUCUAAUAUAUACAAGAUCGCUUAGAUAUGCUUAAAGCCUAGGUAUUUAGACAGGACUACAGCAGGAGAAUUACUAUCUUAACUCAUCUAAAUGCAUGGUUAACCAUUGAAAUUUGUAUUGACUUCUAUGAUUAUAGAGGAACAAAUACCUAAAUAGGCACAGUAAAUAUUUGAUAGAAUUAAUCAACAAUAAAAAGAUAUGGAUAAUUAAUUUGACCAGCAAGCUUAGUAGAUUCUUGAUAACACCAUAUCGAAAAUUAAACAAAAAGAUUUUCAAACACAAUUUACAAAAGUGGAAAUAUUGUCUAAUCUACUGAAAAGUCUAUAUGAGCAUAAAAAAUAUUCAAAUAACUUUCAAAUUCUUAGCUUUGGAAGCUUUGGAAUGGUAUUAGCUACUAAAAAAGCCAAGCUUGAUAACAAAGAAAUAGUGCUAAAAAUACAAAAAAUAGAAGAUGAAUAACUAAUCUAAAAUGAAAUUAGUAUUAUGUAGAAAUUAAAAGAGCCACUUGUGGUAUAGCUUUAUGAUAGCUAUAUAAUAGAAAAUAAGUUAGGACCUGAUAGAUACUCAGUCUUUGAAUUAGAAAAAUGUUCAUGUUCAUUAGAUGAAUAUCUUGAAAGAUAAAACAAAGAUGGAUAAUUAAAUGAAGAUAACAAAUUUUAAAUGGCUAUCUAAAUUAUAGAUUCUGUCAAUUAUAUUCACUAAUUUAAUAUCAUUCAUAGGGAUAUUAAACCAGAAAAUUUUUUGGUUUAUUUAGAUGGAAAAUAAGCCGAAAUAAAAUUAUGUGAUUUCGGUUUAUCUGCUUAGAUUCCAGAUAACAAAGAUUCAAUUCAAACUAUAGAACACAUAGGAAAUUUAGGAUAUUCAGCUCCUGAAAUACUAAAUAAAUAGGAUAAUGAACUUAAGUCUUAUACAAAGAAAUCUGAUUCAUAUUCAGUAGGGUUAUUGCUAGCUUUAUUAGAUAAUUAUUAAGAUCUAAAGACGAAUACGACUUCAAUUUUCGCUUUAAUGACACAAUAGUAGUUAGAUAAGCCUUUCGAAAAAUCUAAUAUUUAAAUUAACAAAAAUUCAGAAAUUUAUAAAUUUAUUAACCUUCUUGUUGUUUCUGAUAGUGCUUAAAGGGCAUCUCUUUAUGAUAUAGUACAAAAAAGAGAUAAAAUAUUCUUUUCAAAUUCAAAAGAAAUGAAAUAAAUCCUAUAAAAAUCUCUUUUGAUGCAAAACGAUAAGAAAAUAGAGCAAAAUGAAACUAUAGAAAUUGAUUCUCUAAAGGAUUUGAAUAAAAUUUAAAAUUACAAUAUUGUUACGAUAGAUUUAGGGGAAAAUAGAAUUGGUGAUGAGGGUGCAAAAGAUUUAGCCACAGGAAUAGCGUAGUGCAAGAAUAUCACAAGUUUGACGCUUGAUUUAAGGUAUAAUAGUAUUGGUGCAUAGGGUGCAAAAGAUUUAGCCACAGGAAUAGCUUAGUGCAAGAAUAUCACAAGUUUGACGCUUGAUUUAUCGGAAAAUAGAAUUGGUGAUGAGGGUGCAAAAUAUUUAGCCACAGGAAUAGCGUAGUGCAAGAAUAUCACAAGUUUGACGCUUAAUUUAUGGUAUAAUAGUAUUGGUGCAUAGGGUGCAAAAGAUUUAGCCACAGGAAUAGCUUAGUGCAAGAAUAUCACAAGUUUGACGCUUGAUUUAUCGUGGAAUAGUAUUGGUGAUGAGGGUGCAAAACAUUUAGCCACAGGAAUAGUGUAGUGCAAGAAUAUCACAAGUUUGACGCUUAAUUUAUGGGGAAAUAGUAUUGGUGAUGAGGGUGCAAAAGAUUUAGCCACAGGAAUAGCGUAGUGCAAGAAUAUCACAAGUUUGACGCUUGAUUUAAGGGAAAAUAGAAUUGGUGAUGAGGGUGCAAAAGAUUUAGCCACAGGAAUAGCGUAGUGCAAGAAUAUCACAAGUUUGACGCUUGAUUUAAGGAGAAAUAGUAUUGGUGCAUAGGGUGCAAAACAUUUAGCCACAGGAAUAGCGUAGUGCAAGAAUAUCACAAGUUUGACGCUUAAUUUAUCGGAAAAUAGUAUUGGUGCAUAGGGUGCAAAAGAUUUAGCCACAGGAAUAGCGUAGUGCAAGAAUAUCACAAGUUUGACGCUUAAUUUAUGGGGAAAUAGUAUUGGUGCAUAGGGUGCAAAAGAUUUAGCCACAGGAAUAGCGUAGUGCAAGAAUAUCACAAGUUUGACGCUUAAUUUAUG